UUCCAUUCUUUCUUAUCAGCAGAGCUCGAAGCCCUCGAGGAAACAAUGAGCGUUGGUUUAUCGGUUAGGACAGGAAAACCACACUGUCUUGCUGGGUUUGUUCCAGGCCACUGACCCAAUAAGAAGCCUUCGUCUCUUGCUGUUCUGACUGUCUGACAGAACAAACCUCCUUGUGUCACAGUAUAUUCGUUCCCCCUGAAGUCAAGGACACAAUGUGACACAUCUUGAUCCCUAACUGACUGAUUGACUUACACCGAGGCCACCAUGCAGGAGUGCCAUACUGGACUCUGUUUGUCUGUCUACAUCAUUACCUUUGUGCUGGGCUUCCCAGCCAACGUCCUCGCCUUCUAUACCUUCUGCAAGAAAGUGAGGCAGAAACCCACCCCGAUUGAUAUCCUGCUCCUCAACCUGACCAUCUCUGACCUUCUCUUCCUCCUCUUCCUGCCUUUCAAGAUGCAGGAAGUGAUAAACAACAUGCGCUGGGACAUGCCCUACGCCCUGUGCUCGCUGUCCGGCUUCAUCUUUUACAUGACCAUCUACAACAGCACCUUCUUCCUCACUGCGGUCAGUGUAGAGCGCUACCUGGGCGUCGCUUUUCCCAUCCAGCACACCCUGAAGCGGCGACCCUUGUAUGCUGUCGCCGCAAGCAUCUUCUUCUGGAUUUUCUGCUUCAUCCACCUGAGCAUUGUGUUCAUUGUGCCCUUUAUCGGCACCGAGGACUCUCCGAAUACCACCUCAAGCCACAACUUCACAGCUAACUCUGUCAUCGGUGACAAAAAGACAGAGGUGUGUUAUGCAAAUUUCACAAAGGCUCAGCUAAAGGUCCUCCUGCCUGUGCGUCUGGAGCUCUGUGUGGUACUUUUCUGCAUCCCUUUCCUGAUAAGCAGUUUCUGCUACAUCAACUUCAUCAGAAUUCUGUCAAAGCUGCAGCACAUUGACCGUCGGCGUCGCCUCCGUGCCAUUGGCAUGGCUUUAGGAACACUGCUGGUGUUUGCUUUAUGUUUUGGCCCCUAUAACAUGUCGCACAUUGUCGGAUUUAUUACAUGGAAAAGUCCCGACUGGAGAGACAAAGCCCUGCUGUGCAGCACCUUUAAUGCUUGUCUCGACCCUCUUAUUUUCUACUUCUCUUCUUCUGCUGUAAGAAAGACUGUGGGUAGGGUGAUGGAAGGGGUUAAGAGUCGCCUAAACAGGUGCAUGUCCUGUCACAUGCUCUGGGCCUCGAUGGGUAGGAUUAGCAAGACUGCAAAAGAUAAGGAACACAAACAAGAGGAGAUCAAUGCUAUCUAAGCUGACUGAAAGGAAGUUGUGAGCAGCUGCCUUCCUAAAUUUCUGGAAGCAGGAAAUUAAUGGCAUGUUUGUUUUUAUUUUUACACGUGAGCAAAUGACUUGGCAUACUACAUACAGUGUUUGACUCUGUGAUGAACUUUUUACAAGACAAGAGAGGAAUCCUUCAGUCAUUCUGAGCAGAUCACAGUUGUAUGUAUGCAGUGUGAUGAGAAUGGCAGAAAGACAGGCUACAUUGAAUUGCUAUAAAAUGAAAGACAUUUCUCAGUUAAGAGCAGGAUUUCAUAAGAUCUCCAUUCAUGUAGCCAGUGUUUUGGAGUACUGCACCAUCAAAAUGAAUAUCGUAGCAACAGCUGUGGAUAUCACCUCUAUGCGCUAACAGAGGAUCUUAAAGAUGCUUGUCGAAAGUGACAGGGCCUUGUACACCCUUACAGACACAUUUAUGCAGCUAAUACACAGCUUACAGCUUUUUUGUUUGACAUUUUUGUAUUUUGUAUUUUGCCUCACAUGGCUUUUUCAUCCAGAUUUAAGUUUACACGGUUUUAUAUUCAUACUAUGAUUCAAUUACAUGGCCAUAUUUAAAUCAUAUGUGAUACUGAAGUAGCAUGUAUGUAUGAAUUAUUGAAUAAACGUCAGAUACAUCGAAGAGCUGCAUGACAGGGCUUGUAAUUAUGUAAAACAAAACACAGAGAUACUAUUUCCAUACGUAAAUCAUUUAAACGUGUAUAUUUUGCAUAAUGUGUGACUCUGAUUCUUGUGUAAAGACAGCAGUCAGAUAAUAGGUGGUUCUUAUGUGAGCGUAUAGAGAGAGGAAGAAUGAAAGUAACAUCAUAAAGGCAAAUUACAGAUACCCUAUUUCCGUUAAGAAAUCAUGUUGUAAUAAUAAUAAUAACAAUUAUAAUAACAAAUGUUUAUAUUGUUAUAUUGUUGUUAUUUAAGGGUAAGUGACAAAUGUGAACAUGUACAUGCAUGUAAACAUCUAAUGUAUCACACAAGUGUAGCUCACCCUAUCAGUCAUGUGUACAAUGUAUACCUUUUUGAUAUAUAUGCAGUAAAAUUACAGUU